AGGAAGUUGACAAUGCUGUAAUUUCACGUAACAGGUUAGAAGAAACGCAGUUUAAAACUCAGUGAGUUUUUGCUGCUUUAAUCCAUUGUUUUCAGUCCGCAGAACAGCUACAUCUGCUGUAGAUGAGGUAUUUUUAUUGAAGUAACCUGACAACAAGUCAUUGAGUCAUGUCUGCUCCUGUCCUAGAUGUCAUGGCAACUGUGAUGAUGUACCCUGUACUUGUCACCACAGCUACUGUGACAGCAGCAACUCUCCUCCUCUACCUUGGCCGACCUGUUCUUGUUGUACAAAUGUAUAUGAGGCUAGCAGUGUUGCUUAGUGGGAUGAAAAUUCAGUAUGUAAAGUUGGGAGACCUUACUCUAUGUUACGGAGAAAAAGGUAGAAGGCGUUCAGACAAGUCCUCCAUUCUUCUCCUCCAUGGAUUCUCUGCUGACAAGUUUAUGUGGGUUCCUUUAGUGAAGAAUCUGCCAGACUAUCAUAUAAUUGCAUUGGACCUACCUGGACACGGGGACAGUAGCACCCCCAUGGAAGACGAAGAUAUCUCAUUUACUGGACAAGUGGCAAGAGUUCACCAGUUUGUGGAGGCUAUUGGACUUAACAAGGAGCCAUUCCAUAUAGUGGGGAUGUCUAUGGGUGGAUCUAUAGCUGGUAUCUACACUGCCAAAUACCAGGAGGAAAUAGAGAAGAUAACAAUGAUAUGUCCAGCAAUGAAGACACCUAAGGACAGUGAAGUUUCCAUAAAGAUCCGAGAAAUCAUGGAGUCAGGGGAUGACGAAACCAUCCUCAAGAACUGCCCAUUUAUACCUAAAAACCCAGAGGAAAUGAAGCAUAUGUUGAGCUUUGCUCAGUUUUACAAACCAAAUUUCUUUUUUACAAAUCAGAUCCUACAUGGUGCUGUUGAGAUGAGAAAACCUUACCACAAGUUUUUCUUUCGCUUAUUCAAGUCCCUUGCCAGUUGGGAGUAUGCAUUUAUACUGGAGAACACAGCCCACAAGAUCACUGUACCUAGUCAGCUGAUAUGGGGAGAGGAGGACCAGGUGAUUGAUGUAUCAGGAGCCACUCUGCUGCAGGAAAAGCUUCCAAACUGCCAGUCGGUAGACAUCAUUUCCCGCUGUGGCCACGCUAUCAACCUUGACAGACCAGGAUCAAAGACCAAGGCCAUACUGAAAUUCCGAGGUGAACUUAAAACCAAACAAAGCUGAUGGCAAACUGUGUUACACUCCUCAACAUCAAAUAUUCAUCUGCUCAAUUUCAUUUUAAUGUUAAACCAAAGAUAUCAUUCAUGAAAUUAUUUUAACGUUACAUGAUGUGAAUGUGUCCUGACAAAAUCUACAAGUCAUGUACAUGUAUGUAUUUAUUUUUCCAUAUAGGAAACUAGUCAUUAUAUCAUCUGCUUAAUAUUGUUACUGUAUUUCUUGUUUUUAAAAACCGUUUAACACAAAUAACUAAGAUAUGGGAUAAGUUCAGUGAAAGUGUCGACCAAUGAGUGUUGUGUAUUUGUGUGUGUGUUAUCCCCAUAUUGAUUGCUCUACAGAAGUCUGCUGUUUGUCAAUAAUCUAAGAUGAAUAUUGAGUUUCUUGAGAUACACAUACCAGUUAGUACAUGUAUAUAUCGUCACUAACUGGAAAUUUUAAAAUGUUUUUAAAAUGUCUUAGAGUGGAUAGAGUUACAUCAAGUUAAUAUAUUAAUUCGUAUGCUGUAUGUAACACUCACAUUUGUUUAAAAUACUAUCACUUUAGAGUUAGUUUUAAACAUAUGUAAGUACAGUAGGUAGACUUAACAGUAAGUAACUAGAGUUAGUUAUACAUAUGUAAGUAUAGCUAGACUUAACAGUAAGUAACUAGAGUUAGUUAUACAUAUGUAAGUAUAGCUAGGCUUAACAGUCAGUAACUAGAGUUAGUUAUACAUAUGUAAGUAUAGCUAGGCUUAACAGUAAGUAACUAGAGUUAGUUUUAUAUAAAUGUAAGUAGGAAGGCUUAACAUGUACAGUAGCUAGGUAACUAUAGUUUGUCUCAUGCAUGUGUUGGUAGGUAGACUUAACAGUAGAUAACUGCUUGAAGAAACCACCAGUUUAAAACAUUUUCAUCAGUGGUACAGUUUUAUAUAAAACAUAUUUUUGUGAUAAAGUUUACAGUGAGAUAUAGUUCUUAAAUGCACUUACAGCUGUACUCAUUCUGUUAUGUAAAAAUUAUGUAAAACUCCAUGGGCCGGUUCAUUUUUUGAGGAUUUCAUAGGACAAGGAAAAAUCAAGAAAAUAUGGUGGUAGGGUGGACCAAAUAAGAAUAUAUGGAUCAAACCUGAAAACCAUUUAUUACUUACAGCUUUACUCAUUCUGUCAUGUGGAAAUUAUAUAAAAUUAAGCAAAACUCCAUGGGCAGUUCAUUUUUUGACACAAAUUUGUUUACAUGUGUAUAAUUUAUGUUAAUACAUACUUCUGAAGUCUAAAUUGUCCUGGCUCUUCAAUAUGAAAUCAUGUGGUACAUCAUAAUUUCAUAAAUAUUGAUCCUACUGUUUGGAUCUUACUACACAAAACAUCCUUUGUGAACUGGCAAAGGGAAGUAACCAGUAAACCUUUCACUUGAGGUAAACAUUUUAAAAAAUAUCUUAACGUCAGAAUUAGAAACUUUUACUUUGUUUACUGCAUUUACGGCUUUUCACUGAUUUAGUUAACUGUAAUAACCAGUAAUGGAUUUACAGACAUUGUAUCUAAUCAGCAUUGUUUUUAUGAGUUUACCAAGCCACAGGAACAAAGAGUAUCUAUGGCAUUGAGUUUUACAAGUAUGUUUCUUACAAUAACUUGCAUGUUAUGUUUUGAAUUUUAAAUUAUGUCCGAGGUUGUUAAAUUAAUGCACCACCACUAUUUCAUUAUUUCAUAUCACAAUCCACACCAGUAUUUCAGCAUGCAGAUUAACCUUAUGAUUGUACAUAUUGUAUGUGACCUGCGUUGAUAAUUGAUGUACCGCUAAUCCUGUUGUCACUAUACCCAUGUCGGCAUUUUAUUGAAAUUGAAAUGUGUCUGUAUUGUCAAGGCUCAAUCAACUGUUACCCAGUCAAGUCAACCUCAACAGUAUUAUAUUAAGUUUGGGAAUGAAAGAUUGUAUGAGAACUGUUGUCAAACAAAUAUGUGUGAACGAGUUAAAUUUGUUAGUAUCUUGAUAGAUAUAUCUGAUCAGCUUUUUAAUGCAUUGUUUAACCCUAUAAAUGUACACGGUACCUGAUAUAAUGAAGGCCGUCACAGAAAGGUUAAAAUCUGGGCAUUGCUAAACCUGUUUUGAUAAAAUAAGAUUCU